CGGGCUGUGCCUGUCACCUCCAGGCUUGCUGCGGCGGUGGAGCUUGAGUAGGAGGUAGAGGAGGAGGAGGAGGAGGAGGAGGAGGAGCGGGCGCCAUGGCGGUUCUUCUGGAGACCACUUUGGGCGACGUCGUCAUCGACUUGUACACCGAGGAGCGGCCUCGCGCUUGCUUGAACUUUCUGAAGUUGUGCAAAAUAAAAUAUUAUAAUUAUUGCCUUAUUCACAAUGUACAGAGGGAUUUUAUUAUACAAACUGGAGAUCCUACAGGCACUGGCCGAGGAGGAGAGUCUGUUUUUGGUCAAUUGUAUGGUGAUCAAGCAAGCUUUUUUGAGGUGGAGAAAGUGCCAAGAAUUAAGCACAAGAAGAAAGGCACGGUAUCAAUGGUGAACAAUGGCAGUGAUCAACAUGGAUCACAGUUCCUUAUUACCACAGGAGAUAAUCUAGAUUACCUUGAUGGUGUUCAUACAGUGUUUGGAGAAGUGACAGAAGGCAUGGAUAUAAUUAAGAAAAUUAAUGAGACCUUUGUUGACAAGGACUUCGUACCUUAUCAGGAUAUCAGGAUAAAUCAUACAGUGAUUUUAGAUGAUCCGUUUGAUGACCCUCCUGAUUUAUUAAUUCCUGAUCGAUCACCAGAGCCUACAAGGGAGCAGCUAGAUAGUGGGCGAAUUGGAGCAGAUGAAGAAAUCGAUGAUUUCAAAGGAAGAUCAGCUGAAGAAGUAGAAGAAAUAAAGGCAGAAAAAGAGGCCAAAACUCAAGCUAUUCUGUUAGAAAUGGUGGGAGACCUACCAGAUGCAGACAUUAAACCUCCAGAAAAUGUCCUAUUUGUGUGUAAAUUAAACCCAGUCACUACAGAUGAGGAUCUGGAGAUAAUAUUUUCAAGAUUUGGGCCAAUAAGAAGUUGUGAAGUUAUCCGUGACUGGAAGACAGGAGAAUCUCUAUGUUAUGCUUUUAUUGAAUUUGAGAAGGAAGAAGAUUGUGAAAAAGCUUUCUUCAAAAUGGACAAUGUGCUUAUAGACGACCGAAGAAUACAUGUGGAUUUUAGCCAGUCAGUUGCAAAAGUUAAGUGGAAGGGAAAAGGUGGAAAAUAUACCAAGAGUGAUUUCAAGGAGUAUGAAAAGGAACAAGAUAAACCAUCUAAUUUGGUUCUGAAAGAUAAAGUAAAGCCCAAACAGGACGCAAAAUACGAUCUAAUAUUAGAUGAGCAGGGGGAGGACUCAAAGUCAAGUCACUCACACACAAGUAAAAAGCAUAAGAAGAAAACUCGUCACUGCUCUGAAGAAAAAGAAGAUGAGGACUACAUGCCAAUCAAAAAUACCAAUCAGGACAUCUACAGGGAGAUGGGGUUCGGCCACUACGAAGAAGAAGAGAGCUGCUGGGAGAAGCAGAAGAGCGAGAAGAGAGACCGGCCGCAGCACCGGAGCCGGAGCCGGUCCCGAGAAAGGGACGGCCACUUCAGUCACAGUCACAAGUCCAAGCACCAAGCCGACACCUACGAGAGGGAAAGGAGCAAAAAGAGAGACCGAAGCAGGAGUCCCAAGAAAUCCAAAGAUAAAGACAAGUCCAAGUACAGAUGAGCAGGAGCCGGGCAGGAGUGCUCGCGGUGGUCCCCCCGUGCGGGUCCACUGCCUCUGUCUGUCCCCCUCGGGGCCUGGCCCUGUAGACUAAUACUGAUUUGUAGCGGGCUCAAAGGAGAGGAGCAGUGGAACAUUUCCUUUGUAUACAUUUUCUACAGUCUUAUUGUUAGAUGUAAGAGUCUCCAUUUUUCAGGUCUUUCGCAUUUUUUCACUUUUUUAAAAAGGAACUAUUGCGUAACUAUGAAAAUGCACAAGCAAGUGUGUCAAAGGUAUAAAGAAAAGUAAGAGGCUGGGGCAUGUGCAGGACCCUCGAUUUGAACCCCGUACCACAUGUCCUACUGUGGCACCCCCCUCCCUCCUGUUUGACUCCCAGAACAUUAGCAGACAAAAAGUAUAAAUAAAUAUGUAUAUAUAUAUAUAUCUUUGUGUUCAGCCAGCUUAAGAAAUAGAAUAUCGCCUUCACUUUCGAAGUCCCAUGUAUCUUCUCUUCAAAUAAUUAUUUUGAUUAUUUGUGUUGUUUUCUUGUUACUGUAGUUUUGCAACAUAUGUAUCUGUCCCUAAGUAAAGUGUUAAGUUUCCUAUGUUUUUGAAUUUUAUAUAAAUGGUAUAUUAUAUGUUCGCCUCUGUGACCUGCUUUAUUCAGCUUAGUGUUUUUGAGUCAUCUUUUUUUUUUUAAUUGCUGUAUAGUAUUACAUGAAUAGACCACAAUUUAUCCAUUCUUCUGUUGAUGGACAUUUGGGGUUUGUUUAUUUUUGUUUUUGCUAUUGCAAACAAUGCUGUGCUGAGUGGUACUGCUUGUCAUGAGGUUUGGAUAUUUCAUCUUUACAAGAUGAUGCCAGCUUCUUUUGUACAGUGGCUGUGUCAUUUUUUUACCCUUCCUGGCACUGAGUUAGUACCUCUGCUUCACACGCCCUUCAACACUUCAUGUUAGACUUUGAUUUUGCUGAUCUUUUGGCAAGUCAGUGGUAUCUUACUGAUUUCCAGCAGGAAGACUACUGUUACCUUUUUCAAGAUUUGAAGAUUACUUCUAAGAUUACUUUUUUCCUACCCCUGGUAUUUAGCAAUUUUUGUGAUGUGCUUGCUUGUAUUUUUUCCUCCCUGUUCUGCAGGACUUGUGGGUUUGUGGUCUUUAUCAGAUUUAGAAUUUUGGUUUUUACUUUUUUCUCCCCCUCUCCUUUUCUCUGGAACUCUUAGUUACUUGUUUGUUCCACCACUUGAAGCUAUUACAGAGAGCACACUCCAACUGUCUUCUGCUUGUUGUUUUUCCUCUCUGUGUUCCAUAUUGAUAGUAAGUUCAUAAAUCUUUUCUACUAAAAGAGCUCAUUUUCUCAUGAUUCCUUCUGUG